GAAGGGACACCAAUAUUCCCUUACCCAAAAUAACUUCACAACCAACCAACCAACCAUGGCACAAGAAAUGAGAAACAGAGAAUAGUUCAUUCUCUCUCUCUCUCUCUCUCUCCAAUUUGCCACUUCUUCUUCAGAACCACACUGUCUAUCUAUUCAGUUCAGUCUGAAGUAGAUUCAGAUCAAAACCCAAAUUAAUAAAUAAACUAUAUAAAUAAAAAAGAAGCAUUUUUUGGGUAGUAACUAUUGUUUCCCAGAUAUUGUGUAGCUUGUUGAGGGGGGGGAAAAGAAAAAAGAAAGAGAAUUGUGAUGGGGGUGUGGGUUGAUUCACAACAGGGUGGUAAAAAUGGAGGAAAGUGUUCAUGGAGGUCUUUAACAAGGAGGAAGAGGGUGGAUUCUGCCAUUGAGAACAACUCUAAGGCCCAACUUGCCAAGGAGUUAACUGUUCCUCAUCUCAUGGCAAUUGGUGUUGGUGCAACAAUUGGUGCUGGUGUGUAUGUUCUGGUUGGAACUGUAGCUAGGGAGCAUUCUGGACCAGCUUUGGCAAUUUCUUUUCUGAUAGCUGGAUUAGCAGCUGCUCUUUCAGCUUUUUGCUAUGCAGAGUUGGCUAGUCGAUGUCCUUCUGCUGGAAGUGCAUAUCACUAUUCAUACAUAUGUGUUGGGGAAGGAGUUGCUUGGUUGGUUGGCUGGGCCUUAAUUCUAGAAUAUACAAUUGGUGGAGCUGCUGUUGCUCGUGGCAUAACCCCUAAUUUGGCUGCACUUAUUGGAGGAGUGGACAAUUUGCCCAUCUUUUUAUCAUGCCACCAUAUUCCUGGGAUUAAUAUUGUUGUAGACCCAUGUGCUGCAAUUAUGAUAUUUAUUAUUACUGGACUCCUGUGUUGUGGAAUCAAAGAGAGCACAAGGGUACAAAGUGUAGUCACAUCAGUGAACAUAUGUGCUUUGAUUUUUGUCAUAGUAGCUGGUGGUUACUUGGGAUUCAAAUCUGGAUGGGUUGGAUAUAAUCUUCCUACAGGGUAUUUCCCCUUUGGGGUAGAUGGGAUGCUUUCUGGUUCUGCUGUAGUCUUUUUUGCAUAUAUAGGUUUUGAUGCAGUUGCUAGCACUGCUGAAGAGGUGAAAAAUCCUCAAAGAGAUUUGCCAAUUGGUAUUGCUGCUUCAUUGUUUCUAUGUUGUGGAAUGUACAUGAUGGUCUCCAUUGUUGUUAUUGGUUUAGUACCUUAUUAUGCCAUUAAUCCUGACACCCCCAUAUCCUCUGCAUUUUCUGACAAUGGGAUGCAAUGGGCAGGAUAUAUUAUAAAUGUUGGGGCUUUUACAGCCUUAUGUGCAGCAUUGAUGGGUGGGAUAUUGCCCCAGCCAAGAAUUUUGAUGGCUAUGGCAAGGGAUGGGCUACUGCCACCAUUUUUUUCUGACAUAAAUAAGAAAAGUCAGGUUCCUGUUAAGAGUACAAUUGCUACUGGCCUUGUUGCUGCAGUCUUGGCAUUUACUAUGGAAGUCUCUCAACUGGCUGGGAUGGUUAGUGUGGGUACACUUCUUGCAUUCACCACGGUGGCAAUAUCUGUGUUAAUACUAAGAUAUAUCCCACCAGAUGAGGUUCCAUUGCCCCCUUCUCUCCAGGACCAAAUUUGGAGCACUUUGGAGACGAAUGAAAAAGAUAGAGAGGCAAAUGUUGGUUCUUCUAGGAACCAGAAACCUUUACUUGUUAAAGAGGAUGAUUCAAUUGAUCAACCCCUUAUUGCUAAACUUCUUCCGAUGGGAAACUAUGUACAUGAGGGUAAUAGGAGAAAAGUUGUUGGGUGGGUUAUAGCAUUCACAUGCUUAGGGGUGUUUGUCCUCACAUAUGCAGCUUCAGAUUUAACUCUUCUCAGUUCUGUUCGCUUUGCAUUAUGUGGAGUUGGUGGCACUCUUCUUCUGUGUGGUUUUGUCUUUCUAACCUGCAUAGAUCAAGAUGAUGCAAGACACAACUUUGGACACUCUGGAGGUUUCACUUGUCCAUUUGUGCCUCUGCUGCCCAUAGCUUGCAUUCUCAUCAAUUCUUAUUUACUUAUUAAUCUUGGGGCUGCUACAUGGUCGCGUGUUUCUAUAUGGUUGGCAAUAGGAGUAGUUGUUUAUAUAUUCUAUGGCCGAAACCAUAGCUCUCUAAAAGAUGCAAUUUAUGUGCCAGCGGCAGCAACUCAAGUGGUUGAUACCUAUCACAAAUCCACACCUUGUCUUGCUUAGUCUCAAGGCACAUUCCAAUAGUUCAAACAUCACCAUGUGGAGCUUUACUUGCAGUCCAAGUCAAAGAAAAUAUUGAAGCUUCACUAGUUGUUUAUCUAAUCCCUGUGAAGAAAAUGCAUAUUAAGAAAAAUUGGUUUUCUUGUAGAGAAGAAUGUCAUCGUUGUAUUCCUUGAAAUGUAGUACCUUUCUUUGUAUUAUAGCAUGUCAGUUAGUCACAGGUGAUCUGGUCCUGUCAUAAAAUGUAAAUGAUACGUG